GCGCACGGCUUGCUCUUCCUUUCUGCUAUCUUCUCCGCCAUGGCGCCUAUUCAGAAGAAGCAGAACACCAACAAAGGUGGUAAGAAGAAGAAGCAGGUCCUGAAAUUCACACUGGACUGCACCCAUCCUGUCGAAGAUGGCAUCAUGGAUGCUGCUAACUUUGAACAGUUUCUGCAGGAGCGCAUCAAGGUAAACGGCAAGGCUGGCAACCUGGGCGGUGGUGUGGUUUCCAUCGAGAGAAGCAAGAGCAAGAUUACAGUGUCCUCUGAGGUGCCCUUCUCAAAAAGAUACCUGAAGUAUCUGACAAAGAAGUACCUGAAGAAGAACAACCUUCGUGACUGGCUCCGUGUUGUUGCCAACACCAAGGAGAGCUAUGAGCUCCGCUACUUCCAGAUCAAUCAGGAUGAGGAGGAGGAAGAAGAUGAAGAUUAAAUUGGCAGUUCAUCUGAUUUUGUACAUUUAAAUAAAUGUUGUUUACAGUACA